GUGUCCAAGAUGCCACCCAAAGGAAAAAGUGGUUCCGGAAAAGGGGGGGAAGGAGGAGCAGCUUCGGGGAGUGACAACGCAGACAAGAAGGCUCAAGGUCCCAAAGGUGGUGGCAAUGCGGUGAAGGUCAGACACAUUCUGUAUGAAAAGCAUGGCAAGAUUAUGGAAGCCAUGGAAAAGUUGAAGUCUGGAAUGAAAUUCAGUGAAGUGGCUGCCCAAUAUAGCGAAGAUAAAGCCAGGCAAGGGGGUGACUUGGGUUGGAUGACCAGAGGGUCCAUGGUGGGACCAUUUCAAGAAGCAGCAUUGGCCUUGCCUGUAAGUGGAAUGGAUAAGCCUGUGUUCACAGAUCCACCAGUUAAGACAAAAUUUGGCUAUCAUAUUAUUAUGGUUGAAGGGAGAAAAUAAAAUCACAUAAAU